CUGACAGUGGAGUUGAAUCAAUAAUAAUAAAUCUACAUAAGUCAUAACAAAGGCUAAAUAAUAAAAUAUUAUAGCCUGUAGCCAUUUUGUUAUGAAACAAAAGUAAUAAAAACGUGAAACGCUUUUAUAAAAAUUCAAAUCUAUUGUUGUUCCUAUUCGCGUUUAAGUAGUUGCAUUUAAAAUGGGAGCUUUGCUGUCGUUGUGCACAGUAGGCCAGCUAGCAUGUUGUUGCGGCCAAGCAGCAUGCUCUUUGUUUGCUUGCUGUCCAUCGUGUGGCAAUUCCACGUCUACUAAAGUAAUGUACGGUCUUAUGCUGUUGGUAGCUGUAGUGCUGAGCUGCAUCACGCUUGCACCAGGAUUGCAGUCAUUUUUACAAAAGGUUCCGUUCUGUGAAAGUGACCCGAAUUCCUCGAACAUUGCUGGAAAAAUCGUCAAUAACUUAUCGGGCGUUUCAAUUGAUUGUAAAAAUGCCGUUGGUUACAUGGCCGUGUAUAGAAUAUGUUUCGCCAUGUUUAUAUUCUUCUCGUUAAUGGCACUUCUUAUGAUGGGCGUAAAAGAUUCUAGAGAUAGACGAACACCUAUUCAAAACGGCUUUUGGGGUAUUAAAUACCUUAUUGUGAUUGCUGGUAUUGUGGGCUCAUUUUUCAUAGCCCCUGAAGGUUUUAGUCAUAUCUGGAUGAUCUGUGGUAUGAUUGGAGGUUUUAUUUAUCUAGUUCUUCAAUUUGUUCAAGUUUUGGAUUCCGCACACUCUUUAGCCGAAUCAUGGCUCGACAAUUGGGAACAAACUGAAAGCAAAAAAUGGUAUUUUGCAUUAUUGUUGACGACAAUUUUGUGCUAUGUACUAGCAUUUGCGGGUGUUAUUGUGAUGUACCAUAGUUUUACUCAGGGUGAUGGAUGCGGAUUAAACAAGUUUUUUAUCACUUUGACAGUCGUGAUUUGUUUCAUUAUGAGUUCAGUUUCAAUUACUUCUUGCGUGCAACGUGUACACGAAAAAUCCGGUUUGUUACAAUCGUCCAUCGUCAGUCUGUACGUAGUUUACCUUACAUGGUCAGCACUCAGCAGUGGUCCAGAAAAUGAAUGCAACCAAAGUUUGUCGAAAAUAUUCAACAAUUCAGAUCCAAAUUCCUCAAAAAUUCAUUUCGGUUCAGAAAACUUAGUUAGUAUUGCCAUUUUUGUUCUAUUCGUUUUGUACUCGGCCAUCAAAACCGGAUCGUCGUCCAAGUUCUCUAUGAGUACUUCCACAGAAAGAAUAAGUAUAUUAAAAGUAGGGAACGAAAGUGAUCUCGAAGGAGGUCAGGGAGAUAACAACGAUAAUUCAGGUAAACUGUUUGACGACGAAAAAGAAGCAGUAGCUUAUUCGUGGUCUUUCUAUCAUUUUACAUUUGCCAUGGCCACGUUGUAUUUAAUGAUGACGCUCACCAACUGGUAUUCACCAAACUCCAGUUUGGACAAACUACACCCGGACCAUGCAUCUACUUGGACAAAAAUGUUAUCCUGUUGGAUUUGCGCUAGCUUGUAUGUUUGGACACUCGUAGCACCGAUAGUGUUGCCUGAUCGUGAAUUCUAAGCGUUCUCCAAUAAUUUCUCUCUACUUAUGUUUACAAAACAAAAUUUAUAGUGUUAAUCGAAAAAUGAUAUUUAUCAUAAGUAGAUUAUUAUAUAAUAUAACUUUUAUUUGUUUUAUAUUAUUCCUUUUUCUAUUGCUUCUUUUUGUAUAUUUUGUGUGCAAUGUUACAUAAACAUUGUGUAUUAUUUUUAAGAACUACCUAAAACAUUGUGAUUUUGCAUUAAGUCUGCUACAUAGCGUAAUUUUUAUGUUAACAUUUUAAAAUUAUAUCUGGAUUUAAUUGGUUGCAACAAAAUAAAUAAUUAAAACUAAACGACAAUUUCAGAUAUGUUUAAACUAUAUUUUUUUUAAUUUUCAUAUAAAAUAUGACCAAAAUUAAUAGUUUCUUUAAAAUUUUGAUUAAGCUACUGUAAAUAGUUGUACAGAAUACUUGGCCUUAGCCCUUACUGCUGAAACUAAUAUUGUAUUUACCCUAAAAAUGUCUAAAUUUAAAGUAUUUUUGUUUGUAAUUAACCACUUAACAGUAUCCCACAAUUUUGUGUGUUAACAUAUAUUUAUGUAGUUAUA